AUGUCCGUGGAGAAGGUGAAGAUCCUGCUGCUGGGGCCGAGUCGCAGCGGCAAGUCAACCCUCGCCGACUUCCUCGCCGGCAUGCGGGACGCCCCGACGAAGACGUACCGCGAGACCCGCCCGCUGCGCAUUCUCGAGCUCGAACUCGGCCUCGACCACCUCCGCCCCACCGGCCACCACCCGCCGGCCGCCCGGAAGGCCGUCGUGCAGCUGUGGGACCUCUCGGGCAGCAGCAAACACCAGGCGGGGUGGCCGGCCGUCGCCGCCAACGCCGACGGCAUCAUUUACGUCUUCAAUCCAGAGAUCCGCGGGGCGGAGAAGGAACUCGUGCUGUGGUAUAAGAACUUCGCACUGGAUCAGGAUCAACUCGAUGAGGCGAAUAACUUUGUGGUGCGGGUGCCAGACAAGCACUCACUCAUCUUCUCCCACCACUCAUCCAUGCCGGAGGUGGCCGUAGGCGAUAACGCCAUUCCACCUAUGCCAAAACAAUUAAGAGGUAUUCGUGCCGUGGAAACUUCUCUGGACUACCAGAGCGAUAAUUUCAAAUCAGCCUUCGACGCACUGGUUGAACAAAUUGUCGUUUCGCGUGUUAUGGCAGAGGAGGAUGAGUUGUUGCAAAAAGAGCGGGAAGCAGAAGAGACACCACGAUUGAUGCGUUAA